AAUAACAAAUCACUAUGUAUCUUGAUGGAUUCCAGUUGCUUUCGAAACUUCAUUGCAACAAGUUUGCCUAUUCCAAAAGGAUCUUCAGACUCAAAAGUCGUUGUUCUCGUUUUCGUCGUCUUCCAAAAAUAUAUGCUUGUGAGUGUUCCUCCUCCUCCUCCUCCUCAUUGUUUUUAUUCAACAGCAAAACUCGAAAGAAAGAACUGUUUACCAGUUUGAGACCCAACUUGGUUUAUUUCUAUAGUUGUGGUCCAACUGUAUACGACUUUGCACAUAUUGGAAACUUCAGAGCGUUCAUAACCUAUGACUUGAUUAAACGUUGGUUGUUCACACUUGGGUAUCGAGUUGUUCAUGUUUUGAACAUCACCGAUGUCGAUGAUAAGAUUAUUCAUAGAGCUUUGAAAGAGAAACGGCCCGCAAAGGAGAUUACUGACUUUUAUACGGAACAAUUUUUCAAGGAUAUGCAGCGUCUCAACUGUUUGCCUGCUGAUCAUUAUCCUCGAGCUACUAGUCACAUUGCAGAAAUGUGUGCGUUGAUCGAUAAACUUGUCAAAAACGGUUUUGCUUACGUAUCGAAUGGCUCAGUAUAUUUUUCAGUCGAUAAAUAUGCUCGUUAUGGUAUAUUUACCUUAUCACCGUUAUCUAUUAGUCAAACACUGACAGAGGAAGAAGAAACGGAUAAACUCAAUCCAAGUGACUUUGUAUUGUGGAAAAAGUACAAGGAGGAAGACCACAAUAUUUUUUGGAAUAGUCAAUAUGGAAAAGGUAGACCUGGUUGGCAUUUGGAGUGUUCUUGUAUGGCUCUUCAUUAUUUGGGUUCAGAAAUAGAUAUUCAUGCAGGUGGUGUAGAUUUAAUGUUUCCUCAUCACGAAAAUGAAAUAGCACAAGCAGAAGCUAUUACUGGAAAGACUUUUGUCCGUUAUUGGAUACAUAAUGGGUUUGUACAAGUGAAUGAGCAAAAGAUGAGCAAGAGCUUGCAGAAUAUAAAGAAAUUAGGAGAUAUCGCAGUUACAGCUUUGGAUAUAAGAGCCUUCCGAUACUUGAUCGUUUCUUCUCAUUAUAGGGCACCCUUGUCUUUUCAUCAGGAUGCCUUAAAAGGAGCUAAGAAUACUAUCAGAAGACUAGACCAUUUCAUGAAUAAGAUUUCCAUGGCUUGCAAAGAUGAUCGGCUUCCGAGUUACUUAGAAAGUGAAGAUAGAAUAUGUGAACAUCUCGUAAAAGAUACUUGGCGGCGUUUUCAGAACGAAAUGAAUGACGAUUUAAAUACUCCAAGAGCCGUUGCGUCAAUAUGGUUCGAAGCAAAUCGAAAAGUUCAUAAGACAGGUCGACUCUGCUUUAGGUAUAUUUUAUUCCCCACAAGACUUGAAAACAACAGAUGAAGACAUUGAUAUUCCACAGGAAGUCUGGACACUUGUUUUACAACGG